AUGUCUUACAACGAGAAGAACUGGGAAGCUGAGGCGCAUUCUCUAAGGAGGUUCGCCUUCGUCGGCGUCACUCUCUCCACCAUUGCUACGCUGGUCUGUGUGAUUUCUGUUCCAAUGCUCUACAACUACAUGCAGCACAUGCAGUCUGUAAUGCAGAACGAAGUCGACUUCUGCAAAUCACGCUCUGGAAACAUCUGGAGAGAAGUCACACGCACUCAGGUACUAGCCUCCAGGAAAACGCGUCAGGCCGGCUACAGUAGUGGUGGUGGCGGUGGUGGAUGCUGUGGAUGUGGUGUCUCCCCUGCAGGACCACCAGGACCACCUGGACAAGAUGGACAACCUGGAUCGGAUGGCCAGCCAGGUCAACCUGGUAAAGAUGGACCUGAUGGACCACCAAUGACACCAGCGCCGGAAGUCUAUCCUUGCUUCAAUUGUCCUGCUGGUCCUCCAGGUCCACCUGGAAACCCGGGAGGCAAGGGAGCACCAGGAAAUCCUGGAUCUGACGGAGAGCCAGGGAAAGACGGACACCCAGGAGGUGCAGGUCCCAUGGGACCACCAGGACCACCCGGAAAUGACGGCCACCCUGGAAAUCCUGGAGCGCCAGGAGCUCCAGGAACACUCACCACGGUGCCUGGUGCACAGGGACCACCUGGACCACCCGGACCUCCAGGACCUCCAGGACCUGAUGGUCAUCCAGGAGCACCCGGAAAGCCUGGUGAUGAUGGUCAUCAAGGAGAACAUGGAGACGACGGAAAACCUGGUAAACCAGGAAAUCAUGGACAUGACGGACAUCACGGAGAAGAUGGAGACCAUGGAGCACCAGGAGGUUGCGAUCACUGCCCUCCCCCUCGCACUGCUCCUGGAUAUUAA